AAAGGCUUAUGAGCUCAAGGGAGUGUCCACGAUGGCCAGUAUCAUCUACAUAGCAAAGAAAGCCGUAGAAGGAUUUGAAUUAUCUAAGGAAGAAGAUUGGGCCAAGGAACAAACAUUGAUACUUCAAAGGUGUUUUAACCAAUAUGGCCGGCAGGACCAAACUGAGCUGCUUGACUAUUUCCGGCAACAUAAUGCGGAGGCCACGGGAUCUUCAAUGUUGAGCAUGUUAGAUUGUCUCAGUUUUGACGCUUCUCGUGUUCCAGUAGAGUUCUUGGUGAAAACAUUGAUCCCAAAUUGUGAAGAAUUCAUCAAGAGUUUUCGAGCUUUGCUAGAUGGCAAUAAAGGUCCUGAGCAUCCCACCCCUUGAGGCACGCAAGAUUAUUGGAGAAGAGGGUUGGUCUAAAAUACAAGGAUUGAAUA